AUGAGCCUGAAAGAAAAAUUCUCAAGAUUAAGAGUCUCCAAGAAAUUUAUUAAACGCCAAAAACUUAACAACAUGGCCAAAGUUAAAAGUAGAUCCAGGAGCAAGAAUAUUUUGAAAUGAAGACUCCGCCAUCAGAAGUAUGUCAAGAAGAGUCCAAUGAGUAGGAAUAUCACAAAAUAAUCCAUCAAGCGAUCAUCUGAUUAGGAAUAACCUGAAGAGUUAUCUUAAGAAUAAAAUGAAAAUUGAAAAGAAAUAAGCUUCCAAUCAUUAAAAGUCAAGAAAGACAGGAUAGUGAGAGAACGUUCAGCGAGGAAGAUGAGAAAGCCCAGGAUUAUAUUUCUUCCUACUUCAAUAUUGAAAUCAAAACUAAAAAAGAUGCCAGGAAAAUUAUAUACUCUACUGUGGACGACCAAAAUAAUGAGAUACAGACUCCAAUUGAGAUCGAAAGAGAUUUAAACCUUCUUGAAAAUCCCGUUAUGAAGACUGCAGAUAAUGUUUAUAAGAAUAUUAAAUGAUCUGAGUCAAAUAAGUGCAUUACGCCUAGUCUCUCAAAUCCUUUUCGUCGUAAGUUAAUUCCUGUUGGCUAUAAAGGAGUUGCUCCUUCAGUUAUGAAACGUAAGACAGAGCUUCCUUCAAAUGAUAACAGUUUCGAAAGAGAUCCUAGAAACUACACAACCUUGUUGGAGCUAAAUCCCAAUACUGUCCAUAGCAUUCUUGAAAAUAUCAGGUUGAAGAACCGUUCAAGUGGAGUCAAAUCCCGUAGAAUUCACUGUCCCUACAAAGGAAAGCGUACCUGCUUUCCUUCUACUGCUUCUCAGAGUAGAUCUUCCCGGAUUCUCAGUGAAAGUUCUCAAAAUAUUAGCUUUCACAAAAAUGAUUACUACACAAAUGUCACAAGUCGACCCCAAUAUUCUUACCUGAACCCUUCGAAUUUCAGUAAUUUUCAGGGAAAUCAACAAAAUUUGCAGAGUCAAGCUGAUAAUUUUUCAUCUUUCCAGUUCAGAAGAAUGUAAAGCACUUUCAAAAUAUGAAGAAUCUGCCUGCUAAGAUCUUCCUAGAUUUCGUGUUCUUCAGAAGAGGUACCUCUGGUUUAGCAGUUAUUAACGUUAGAGGGGUUGUCAAUACAAAGCAACUCAAAAUAAAGUCUCCCAGUUUGCUAACUAAUUAAUUACUGCUAAUCUUAGAGAUCUAUCUUCUGUAGAUGAAUGACAGCUUGACAGACUUAGAAUAGUCCAAAUCGGCAAAUUUUAAAAUGUGAUAAUAGCUGAUAGUAUUUGAGACAUUU